UAGUCGAUCUAAUAAAAUGUACCCACAUGAUUGAUCUGAAAAAUUUACCAUCAUUAUUUCAUGUAAUUUUGGUAUUUUAUGUUCCAGAUUGUGGGGUUGAGAAUCAAUCGGCUUGGGGUCCGGUCGUGGCCAGGAUGUCGAAUUUAUACGGAGAUUACAAUCAGAAGAUUGAUUAUGUGUUCAAAGUCGUGUUGAUUGGAGAUUCGGCGGUGGGGAAAACACAGCUGCUCGCGCGGUUUGCUAGGAAUGAAUUCAGUGUGGACUCAAAAGCCACUAUCGGGGUUGAGUUUCAGACGAAAACCCUUGUUCUCGAUCACAAGACCGUCAAGGCGCAGAUUUGGGACACAGCUGGCCAAGAAAGGUACAGAGCAGUCACGAGCGCAUACUACCGGGGAGCAGUAGGAGCAAUGUUGGUUUAUGACAUGACUAAGCGUCAAUCGUUUGAUCACAUGGCACGGUGGUUGGAGGAAUUGAGGGGGCAUGCUGAUAAGAACAUCGUUAUAAUGCUCAUUGGCAACAAAUGUGACUUGGGGAGUCUUCGAGCAGUGCCAAUUGAGGAUGCACAGGAGUUUGCUCAAAGAGAAAACCUAUUUUUUAUGGAAACAUCUGCUCUUGAGGCCACCAACGUGGAAACCGCAUUUUUGAUGAUCUUAAUGGAGAUAUACCGGAUAAUGAGCAAGAAGCCGCUUGCUGCUGGUGACCUAAACAGUGGAGAUUCAGGGCUACUAAAAGGAACAACAAUUAUUGUUCCCGGCCCAGAUGGGGAUGGUGCUAGGAAGGGUGGCUGCUGCUUCUCCUCCACCUAA